AUGGCGAAAAAUCCCUCUUUUCCCGUUUUAGCCCUUUUCCUCGCGGCCCUUUUCUUCCCAAACACUCACUCGCUUUCCACUUUCGCCGUCUCUGAAACCGGAAACCGGACGGUGGUGUGCGCCGUAGCCGGCUCACUAAACCAACAGUCUCUAAACUGCACGAUUUUCCCUCAAAGAGUUCAAUUUCCGAUCAGCCCGUCGCUACCUUCGGUCGCCGGCGUCGUGGCCGGAGAUGGGUUCAUCUGCGCCGUGAGCCCAUUUAAUUCUUCAUCAUCCUCCGUCGUGGUCUGCUGGAGGUUCUCUGAUUUGGGCGGUAACCUCACUUACAGAAGAAUUUACAACGGCCCUGCUUUGCGCGAUUUUGCUUCUGGAAAUUCUCAAAUUUGUGGACUGGUCAACAGUUCAAAUUCUCUUCAAUGCUGGCCGCAGAGAAUUUUCAAUAACACUGUUGAUAAUAGUAAUAAUGCUGAUAGUUUCUCUUCGAGUCUUGCAGUAGGGGAGAAUUUCGUGUGCGGCCUGUUGAGUUCGGGUCGGGUGCAGUGUUUGGGAAGUGCCUACAAUGUGACUGAUGAAAUGCCUGUGGGGAACUUCAGCCAGGUCCGGGCAGGUCCCCAGCACGCCUGUGCUGUUUCUCUCAAUGGUAGUUUGCUGUGUUGGGGGAAUACUGUGGGCCCAAUCCCAAGGCCCGAGGGCGAGUUCACGUCGGUUGCUUUGGGGGAAAGUCGAGCUUGCGCGAUAAGAAGUAACCGAAUGGUGGUUUGUUGGGGAGAAAACGGGUUUGCUUUGCCCGAUUCAUUGAGGGCCGAGUCCUUUAUUUCCCUCGAAGCAAAAAGAACGAUUUUUUGCGGGGUCGUGUUCUCGAAUUACUCGUUGCUUUGUUGGGGCAAUGCGGGUUUCGAUCCGAAUCCUUUGGUGUUUAGUGAUGUGGUGCCCGGACCGUGUAGAGCUAGAGUCGAAUGUGGCUGUGAGCCUUUGCCUAAUUACGGUCAAUAUUGCGAUCAAGGGCUCGUGAUUUGUCAACCUUGUGUUAAUAUUAAUAAUCAAUCCCAACUGAUUCCACCGCCACCGCCGCCGCCGCCGCCGGUGGCGGCACCGCCACCACCACCACCCUCCGGCGGCAGAAAAUGGAAUGCUAAAAUGGUGGCAUUUCUAGUCAUCGGCUGCGUGGGCUCCUUCUCGUCUUUACUACUCGUGUGUAUAUAUCUAUUUUCGCGUUACAUCAAAAUCAGUGGAAGUCGAAUACACGACUCUGGCCGUCUGGAAGCCGGCGGCUCGUCUCCCCACACCCCCGAAUCUCAGCCGGAGCCGCCUCCAGCCCGGCCACCGUCCCUCGAGAAAAAAGUCAGCCACUUGAUAAGCAUGGGGAGUGGGGGCCACCUCGAAGAAUUCCCCCUCGAAACCCUCCUCGCGGCCACCGACAACUUCUCGGAUGAGCGCAAGAUCGGGUCCGGGAGCUUCGGUUCGGUCUACUGCGCCACGCUGGACGACGGGCGGGAGGUCGCGGUCAAACGGGCCGAGACCUCCCGUUCCUCCUCGUCCACCGGGCCGGGCCCGGGCCUGGCCCGGCACGGCGGCCCGGAGGACAAGGACUCGGCUUUCCUAAACGAGCUCGAAUUCCUCUCCCGACUCAACCACCGCAACCUCGUCCGGCUCCUCGGGUACUGCGAGGAGCGGGACGAGCGUGUGCUCGUCUACGAGUACAUGCCCAACGGCACCCUCGCCGAUCACGUCCACGAGCUUCCCGACUCACCUUUACGCUCGUGGCCCGCGAGGAUUCGGGCCGGGCUCGACGCGGCCCGCGGGAUCGAGUAUCUCCACGAGUACGCGGUCCCGCGCGUGAUCCACCGAGACAUCAAGCCGUCGAACAUCCUCCUCGACGGGUCGUGGACGGCCCGCGUCUCGGAUUUCGGGCUCUCCCUCACGGGCCCGCGAGACGGGGAAUCCCACCUCUCGAUGGGCGCGGCCGGGACGAUGGGGUACGUGGACCCCGCGUACUACCGGCUUCAAGUGCUCACGGCGAAGAGCGACGUGUAUAGCUUCGGGGUGGUGUUGAUGGAGUUGCUCUCGGGUUUGAAGGCGGUGCACAAGAACGAGGGGGGUGUGCCGAGGAAUGUGGUCGAUUACGUGUUGCCAUUUGUCGGGAAAGACGAGAUUCAUAGGGUUUUGGACAGGCGGAUCCCGCCUCCGACCCCGUUCGAAAUCGAGGCCGUGGCUUACGUGGGGUGUUUGGCGGCGGAUUGUGUCGAGUUGGACGGACGGGAUAGGCCGACGAUGAGUGAGGUGGUGGAAGGGUUGGAGAGGGCGCUCGAGGCGUGUUUGGCGCCGCCGGUUAUGUCCCGAUCGACGACGAGCUCGUCGUAG